AUGAGAACAUUACAAGUUGCUAAGGAAGAAAUUCAACCACAUCGUCUUCGUUCACUCUCAAAAACCAGAUGGCGAUCAAGACGAAAAGCACGAUCUUCUUCUUCGGGAUUAGCACUGAUAAGAAAUGCAAAUCCAGAGUCCCAAUCUCCGAAACAAAGAUUGGGUCGAGCACCUGUGCGCUUAUUUGAAGAAGCUGAUAGUGAAAUUAGAUAUCAAUUCCAAUUAUUAUUAAGUGAAAAAAUUUAUCCCACAACAACUGACCUUCUUCAGAGAUUACACGCUGCACAUGAUGAUUUUCCUAUUCUAUCUAAAACAACUCUGCGUCGAAAUCUUUAUCGAAUUAAACUUAGUUACAAAUCGACAAAAAGAAUCAAAAUUCCACUUGGUCAUGUUUCGUUUGUUGCUCAGCGUGCAAGAUAUUACCGGAAAAUCGAUGAAUUAAGAGCGGCAAAUGCACUUAUUUUUUAUCACGACAAAAGUUGGUUAAACAUUGGUGAGGUAAAACAAUUUAUUUGGGUUGACAGCAACCGCAUCGCCAUCUCAGCAAUGAUGAAUAUUAAUGGUUUUCAUUUACCAUCUGUUGAUAUAUUUUCUUGGUCGAAACUUCAUUCCGUUAAUGCUGAAUAUUUUCUUAAUUGGAUUGAAAAAGCGGCAUUUCAUCUUCGAGAGGAUAAUGGUAGGAAUUUAAUAACAUUCGAUCAUCUAACAUUAAAAUCGCUUGACAUUUAUGUACAGGGUGGUAAAUAA